UAACCGACAACCGUAGGCGCAUGAGGCAACGAAAUAAAUCGUUCGGAAAGACGCGGGCGGAAAUGAAAAGUGGCCGACGGACGUGUAGUGUAGUAACGGCGCGGACCGUGCGAGAUGGGCCGAAAAGCGCGACACACUGACACGAUAGAUUUCAGACUUUUGUUUUUCUCGCACCCGCAGAGCAGUUGAACACUGGAUUUCACUCCUCAGUUUAGUGCUCAGCACGGUCCCCGACGGGUGCGGUGUCGCGAUCGCGAGUUUUCACCACCAAAUACCUUAGAACGGAAAAUAUCGCCCAGGUGACAGGGCGUUGUGUUCGGAUAGUAGGUACCCCUUUCGACUGUUUCGAGGUGUUGAGAAGACUAAAACCAAACCAUGCCGGCCAAUUUCAAGAAAAAGAAACAUCGGAAACAUAAAAACCAAAACAGACAGCAUGUUUCCAGUGAUGGUGAAGAUGAAACAGGAGAAUCAACCAACAAAGAAGGUCCACCGGCUCCAGCCACUGAGGAAAAUAAUAAUAAACCAUACAUCGUGCGAUACUCUGAUGUUUGGGGUCGGUAUUUGGUGGCGGCGCGGAACCUCAAAGCAGGAGAAAAAAUCAUACAGGUUGAGCCACUGGCGAUGGGCCCCUGGGCGGCUAGUGAUCCAGUUUGCCUCGGCUGUUACAAACGAUUCGAAAAAGGUUCGAAAGUUAUAAAAUGUGUCGGCUGUGGAUGGCGCAUUUGCUCGCCGACUUGUAGUGGCCUAACUGUCGGUGGUGCUCACAAAACACUGGAAUGCAAUCCCCUCAAAACGCAUAACGUGGCGCAACUUUUCGAAACAAGCUCGGCUGAACAGAUAAAGCUGAUGUAUGAAGCAAUUUUCGCUCUCCGCUGUCUGCUUUUGAAAACGACCAACCCGGAAAGAUAUGCAACGUUGCUAGAGAUGGAACCGCUCAAUGAACUGCGGCAGAAAAUUUCUUCGCUUUGGAAACGCAAUCAAGAAAUGAUUGUCAGGCGGAUUCGCGACGAGUGGAAGUUCGACGAGUUCUCCGAAGGCGAGAUUCAUACGGUGUGCGGUAUCAUUGAGGUCAACUCGUUUCAGAUUGGGCAGGACGAUGUCCAUGCAAGGGCGCUGUACCCGGAAGCCUUCUAUAUCAUGCACGAUUGCACCCCGAACACCACCCACACUGACGAUCCUAAAACUCACGUUCUAUCGAUAAGGCUGACCAAUGACCUGAAGGCAGGCGAUCCAAUUACACUUUCCUAUUCGUAUACCCUACAAGGCACACUCAAGCGAAGGCAGCAUUUAUUCGAAAGCAAAUUUUUCUGGUGCCAAUGUAAACGCUGCUCCGAUCCAACCGAGUUUUCCACUAAUUGCAGCUCUCUUAAAUGCACCAAAUGCCCCAAAGGCUUCAUCCUUACAACCAACCCUUUGGACCAAGACGCGGAUUGGAAAUGCAAAUCCUGCGCACACACCAUACCGGCUAAAAUCAUUGUGCAACUUUUGGACAGACUUUUCAAAGAACUAGACGCCAUCGAUGGUAACAGCAUCGAUUUGUACGAGCAAUUCAAUGCCAAAUAUAAGAACGUUCUUCAUCACAACCAUUACCUGCUUCUAUCGACCAAGCACUCUCUGUGCCAGUUGUACGGUAAAAUAUCUGGUUAUCUGAUAUCCGAAAUGAGCUUGCAGCAGAUUAAACAGAAAGAAAAAAUCUGCCGCGACUUAUUAUCCGUGGUGGAUGUGUACGAACCAGGACUAAGCCGCCUGAGAGGAGUCAUAAUGUAUGAGUUGCACGCACCGAUCAUGGUCCAGAUAAAAUACCAGUCGGAAGCGGGCCAAAUGAACGCCAACCAACUGAAGCGGAUGCUAACGGAAGUGAUAUAUUUACUCAAGCAUAGUUCCCAAAUUCUUUCCUUUGAGCCACCCGGCUCGCAGGAGUACGAAAUGGCACUAGCCGCACGUGAUGCCUUGCAAAAUAUGCAAGCUUAGUUCCAGACUCAGUUAAUGAUAGUAUGACAUUUUUAUUUAAAAAAUUACAUGUUCGAAAAUAAUGUGAUAACUUUUGGAAUAAAACUCAUCAAGAAAUAAAAUAUUUUCACAACUUGA